AUGAAAUCAUCAAAGAUAAAGCCGCCUUUGCUUUCUUCUUCAUCGGAAUUGAAUCAUCAUGAUGGAAAUAACAACAGUGGUAAACAUACAAGCUCUUCUUCUAUAUCAUCACUUGUAAAAUUGAUCGGAAGUCAAAAAGAAAGAAGAAAAAGGCUCAAGAUGAGUAGUUCUUAUUUGCUGGAUGAAACUCAUCGGGAUGGGUUUUUGAGCACUUCUCCGAGAAAUUCCAUGCAUCAUCAAGACAAUAAUAGCAGCAUGAUCAACGAUGUCAGCAUGAUUUCAAUUAGUGCUAGUACGAAUGGAACAACUCCUAGCAUCACACAUCAAUUAUUAGAUAAUAUUUUGAAAGAAGAGGAUGAGAUGUUAUCAUCACAAGAACAUCACUGCCACAAUUUGAUGGAAAAACUCAUGGACCAAUUUUCAACAGUAUCCAUUUCAUUGUUUCAUAGGAUCAUAAAGGAACAUUCAACUCAUCACAACAGCUCUUUUCAUCCUUUCCCGAAUGAUAUCCGAUCAAAAUUUGUACAUAUUUUAGAAAGAGAUGUUAUGAACAUGUUCGUCCUUCAAUACGAAUAUACACUCAAAAAGAAUAUUCCGAGUGUUUUGUCAUUGUUUCUGGCUUUUCAUAUUUAUUUAAUUCAAGAGAUUGCUCUAUGUUUUACGAAAUUUGCGAAUUUUGAUAACAUUUUCGUGGGUGAUUUGUCACUCUUAACAAAUCUUCCAAGAAAGAUCAAAAUUGUUGCAUCAGCUCCAACAACUUACACAACAUCGACGGAACAGAAUAUCUUUGAUUUUUAUAUGCAUUUUUUACUUGAUUUCAUCUCUUCAGAACUAGUUCACAAUAUUUCCAUUCCUCUAUCUCCACUCUGUACAAAUUUUGACAGAUUGACCUUUUUAAAAUUAUUGACAAGCCCAUCGACGCUGUUGGUGAGCUCAUUGCUUCGGCAAUUUGAAAAGCUAUUCAAUCUCUCUUUUCAGAAUCAAUCCAAAAUUAUUUUAAAUUAUUCAACAUUGCUAUAUAUACACCAAUCACAAAUACUCUCAAUACCAGACUAUAUUCUCUCAUUAACAACUGAAAAUGCUAUUCAGUUAUUGGCAGAACGAUUGGUUUUUGAAUAUCAUUUUUUGAAUAAUUCCAAGAACGGACAAGGUGAUCCAAAAUUGACAAAUCAAUUGGAAUCCGUACAAUAUGAAUGCUUAUGGUGUUCAACAUUUUUUGACAAGAAAAAAGAUACAUCUAAAGUAUUGAAAUUUCUUUCGACAUUUAGAUUUUGGAAAAAUAAGGAAAUUUUAAAUGACACUUUUACGAAGUCAUUAAUUGUGUGGAAUGAAUUUGCAAAACAUUCUAUUGAGACACAGGAAAAACGAAAUAUUUAUAUCAAAACAUAUAUACGGAUGCUUAAUGUGAGUCGAAAAAUUAUUGAUCCAUCUCUCUCUCAAUCCUUCAUUCUUACUGAGCUGGGUAAUUUACUAAGAAAAGAUUACACAACGAACAGCAUUAAUUGCUCGGUCUCUACCAAUAUUGCAAUGACCCAAGACUUUGUUCAACUCCGGGAUCCUCUCUCAAAAAGCGAUGAUCCAACCUUUGAGCAAGCUCAAAAUGAAGUCUUCGAUUGGUUUAUAAACAGACUUCAAGAAACGACAGCCAAUUCUGAGACCAUUAUUUCCUGUAUUCGAGAAACACUCAUUUCUCCACAUGUACAUUUACCAACGAUUAUUCCAUUAAUGGCCAAAUUGAUUCGAACUCACGAAAAUAACAUUCUUACACUGCUCGAUGAAAGUCUUUGUAGGGCUAUAGAAUCAGAGGACAUGUCACUUGCUCUGACCUGCUUAAUAGUUGCACGUAAUAUCUAUGCCAUUCCAAAAUAUAUCAAAACAUCCUCCGCUCAGAAGCCAACUCUGGUGAACAAUCAACAUUUACCAACCAUUGACCAAUGGAUGAAGGAUCAUUUGUUCAUGUAUCUUUCAUCUGGUUCCAACAAAGUUAUGGCUGGAGGAAUUUCUCUUGAACGAAAUGCAAAAAGUGCCUCUUUUGUGUGUAAAUUAAUUGAUACCAUCAUACCAUUGGAGAGCGCAACUUUUUUACACAUUUAUCAACGAGUGUUAAAUGGAAUUACUAAUUCACGCCAUGAAAUUGUGUCUCUUUUAACCAACAAGUUGAAAAAACAACUUACUGAGAUAACAGAAGAAACUAUAACGACAGCCAUGUCGAAUUCUAAUGAGGAUAGCGCCUAUUUUGAAGUGAAAAACAUUCUCGAAGAAUACGAAAAACUUGGAGAUGAAAUAUUCAACAAAAAUACUCAAAAGAAGGGGAAUUCUUCAGCUCCACCUCUCGUAUACUAUCCGCUCAUGAAAAAGAAUCGAUGGUGCAGUAUCAUUGUACCCGAGCUGUUAGCAUUUAGCUUUCGCAAAGAAGGACGAGAUGACAUUGAAUUUGAAAAGUCUAAAAGAAAAUAUGACAAGCUGAAAUUUGCACUACUUUCAUCGUUGCGAAAUAGAAAAAUGAUUCCAGAAGAAAUGGUAGCAAAAGAAAAUGAAAACACAGAAAUAUCUGAAAAGGAAUCACUCAAUUGUAGCAUUCAGGAAAAGAUUACACGUCUAGAGGGAUGUCUCUCUCGUGUCACAGUAGAAAUUGAACAUCAAAUGAGAAAACAUUCAGGGCUAUUGAAAAUUGAACCUAUUUGUGGAAUUUUUUGUGAAGCGCAUAUUCUCAUUUUGGAAAUUCUGAAAGAUUGCGAAAAAGAAGAAUCGAAACGACAACAAGCUAUUGCAAAAAAUAUGAUCCAAAUAUCGUUGCAAACUUUCUACGAUUGUUGUUCCUUAACAAGUGGAAAUCCUUCCCAGACAAAUGCACUUUCAGAAGAUGUCAAACAAAGUCAUCUAGAUUGGGUGGUGCUUUUCAAGGUUGGAAUUUUAAUUCCAUUAGCUGAUUUCUCUUCGAUAUUUCAUCAAAGCAUAGCUGAAUGUUUGAAGAUUUACCUUUCAUCUGCCUCUGAUUCACAAAAUCCCAGCACAGACAUGUGCUACAUGCUUUCCACUCUUAUUGCUUCGUUGUCCCUCAUUUCUACGAACGAGGUCACGAUUAUUCGAGAAUUUAUUGAGACAAUAUUGAACAAUGAACAGCACCGUCCGUAUGCCUUUACAAUCCAAGAUGCUAUUCAAAAGAGAUACAAAUUAUUACAUUUAUGUUUUGAAAUUGAUUUAAUUCCUUCUUGCUUUUCUGACGCUAUCCAAAUUUCACAACUUAUUUUGGCAACUUUGGAAGCAAUAACUAUUUUUGAAAGGUACAACUCUGGAUUUGGAGAAGCACACAACAUGUUUGAAAUUUUAGAUGAUGACAUUUUGGAAGAAACGUUUAAGAUUCUUAUUGAAAGAAAUUUGGAAAACACUUUGCUAUCAGAAAAUCAUUUUUACUGCCUAUUCCCAUCUAGGGUAAUUCAAUUUUUUGUUUGGAUUGUUUCAAGAUACUAUCAAUUAUUUUUCAUGGUAGAGAGCACGCAAUACUCAACGUUAUUUCCUUCUCUCUUUUCGAAGCUAUUGAAAACGCGUAAAACUACAAACUCAACACAAGAGACAAAACAAGAAAAUAUGUUAUUGGAUCAAGUUAAUGCAAUUAUUCAAGCACUUUCCACCAAUGAUAGUAUUCCAAAAUUUUUUGAAAAAACAAAAGAGUUGACAUUCGAUCAAUGGCUUCGACUGGAAUUAUCAAUCAUUCAAGAAGACAAUCUCUCUCUUGACCUAUACUAUAAGCAACAUUUAUUGAACUAUUUAUCGCAAAUAUCAUCUCAAAGCCAAAACUCAAAAACAUUUGUGAUCUCUCAAUUUCUUUCAAUCAUUGCACGAGAAAUACUCUUGACCUCAUCAUCAACAAGAACCAUUGCAAAAACAUACAUGGUGAAUGCUGCCUCAAGCUUAAUACCAAAAUUUUUCGUUGUUUCGAGUCAAGACGAUGAAAACUUUAACCAAUUAUUAUCUCCAUUUUGGUUACUUGAAAUACUUUUGAAUUUACUUCAUCACAGUCAAUCAAAGAACAAGAGAAGUAUUGUGCGUGAUUUUACAAUACUACUUCAACACGUAGAUCCCAUAAUAUUUAUCAUUGGAAGAUAUUCUCUCCCAAACUCAGCAAAACUGAACACCAAAACGAUCUGUGGCAACAAAUUAAUAACAUGGCUUGAGGAAAUAUUGAUGAAACUUACGUUGAACAUUCUUCAUCCACUCAAUUCCAUUCAUCCAUGGCCAACCGAGUUUACAUCAAAGAUUUUAGAAGGAUUAUUGUUCUUGGCGUUGUUGUGUUUUUCUUCAUGUGAUGGUGCUCAACAAGAAGAAUUUUCAUCAUCCAUUUCGAGGAUAGUUUCAAACUUUUGGAGUAAGAAUGUUAUUUUAAGAUUGAAUGUGUCAAGAAAUUUGAGCUUUUAUUGGACACUUAUUGACAGUUUCAUUCUGUCACAUUCCAUUCAUAAUCACAACACCAAAAUGCAAGAAUUUUUAUCAGAAUGUUUUGGGGAAGACUUUUUAUAUGGAAUUCAAUUCGUUCAGACAUUCCUUAGCGAAGGAGAAGCUUCUUCAGAAAUCUUGCUCAAAUUUUUACAAACUCACAACGAUGAUGACACACGGUUCCUAGCUACACAAUUAACUGAAAUUUUGUUGCAUUCUUGUCGCGGUUGCUCCACCCAUGAUGGAGAGCCUUAUCAUGAUUUUAUCAAUUCUUUAUUUAAUCAGAACGAAAAUACUUCGUCUCGCUUGCAUUCAGUGGAAAUGUUAAAAUAUUUGAAAUCUUUCAUAAUGAAAGCAUUCUCCAAACCUCAACAUGCUGAAAAUAGUUUGGAAAAAACAAACAUGCCACAGCAACAACGUGUUUUAACUUUGACAUAUCAACUGUUGUCAUCCAUAGCCUCUACGAACGAAGAAUAUUCGAAAUUAUUUUUGGUUGAAUUCUUUCAAUCGUUAUUUGUGGCGUAUUCAAGCAUGAUUAUGAAUGGGAUGACUAAUCAGAGAAAUAUUGUAUGUCCAUUUCCAUUAUUUUAUCCUACCGAUGCUUUCUUGUCACGUUCACAUGAAGAGGAGAACAUUUAUCUGAAAUUUAUUGAACAAGUGAUGAACAAGAUGAUCUUACUCUUGAAUGGAUAUUUGUAUUUGGAUUUAUUUGAGAAAAUUUUCGAACUCUUUGAAAAUAAUCAACUAUUCGUAUCAUCUACUUUAUUACAAAUGUUUGAUUCAAUUUCCUGUUCGAAACAGCAAGUGCUAGAUGACAACAAUCAACUGCAGCUCAACGAACGAAUGGAUGUGUAUGGAAUAUUUGUAUUUUCAAUUUUCAGAUUAACCUUAUCCAAUCCUAAUAUGGUGCAUGCUAUUCAGACACUAUUUAACAAUGCUCAUUUGGAAGAGAAUGCUUACUCGUGGAUGGAUCAAGCUUGGUAUCAUUCUAAAUUUUGUACACUUGUUUCAGUAUUGAGGAAAAUUGCAUAUUCCGAUGGAGUGACAACGUUAGUAAUGGGAGACAACUGUUCGACAGAAGCUGUUUCCAUCCUCCGUUCUUUAUUGGAUCGAGGACUCAUUUCAGAGCAAGACGCAGAACCGGAAAUUGAUUUAACUGGUAUUGAAUUUUCGCAACUUUAA